UUUUUUUUUAGUUUGCGGUCGGCGAUUAUAACGCUAACCGAGUUCUGGCCAGUCCAUCACGCAUUUUCAUGAUCGACUUUGCUGGAUACGGUUGUGUUUGUGCUGUGAUAAUUAGUAAACAUGAUUUUGUUAUUAGUAUUAAUUGUUCUAGUUUUAUUAUUAAUAGCCUCCUGGAUUAGGUUAAACCGGGAGAGCAAGAGGUUUAAUGUACGGGGACCGUCGCCACUGCCCCUAAUUGGAAAUGCUCAUUUGUUUAUUGUUAAAUCUUCAGAGUUCUUGAAUUUACUUCAUAGAUUGGCCUUAAAAUAUGGCGAUGCGUAUCGAGUGCAUUUGUUCUCACAACCGUACGUGAUUCUAACACACCCUAAAUAUCUUGAGGAACUCGUGCCAAGUAUGGAACACAUAACAAAAGGCAGGUCAUACAGCUUCCUGACUUGUUGGCUCGGGCAAGGCCUCCUCACGUCCACAGGUCAGAGAUGGAAGUCUCACCGUAAAUUCUUGACUCCCGCUUUCCACUUCAACAUUCUGCAAAACUUCCUGCCGGUGUUCUGCAAGAACCAGCGAGUGCUGACAGAGAAACUGAAGAAAAUGGCUGACGGACGCAACGUUGAUUUGUUUCCGAUUGUCGCUUUAGCGGCUCUAGACAAUGUUACAGAAUCAAUUAUGGGAGUCUGUGUGGAUGCUCAGAAACACAGCAAGUCAGACUACGUGCAGUCUAUUGAUGAAUUGUCGAGAAUCGUUUCCAUGAGAAUGCAAAUACCUAUCCUCGGCGAAGAUCCGAUUUUCAAUCUAUUGCCUUACAAGACGAGACAAGACAAAGCAUUGAAAAUCUUGCACGGACAGACAAACCAAGUAAUCAAUGCAAGACGACAAGAACUCAAGAAUUUGAAUAUUACUGCUUUGAAUGCUAGUGAUGAUGUUGGUAUCAGGAAUAAGCAUGCCUUCUUGGACUUAUUGUUGCUCUCUGAAAUCGACGGCCAAAAAAUAGAUGACGAAAGUGUUCGAGAGGAGGUCGACACCUUUAUGUUCGAAGGUCACGACACCACGACCUCAGGCAUCGCCUACACUCUCUACUGCUUGUCAAACCACAGAGAUGUCCAAGAAAAGAUUUACGAGGAACUCCAAACUAUAUUCAUAGAUGACAUGCACAGAGACCCAACGUACCAUGAACUGCACCAGAUGAAGUAUUUGGAGCUGGUGUUGAGGGAGUCGAUGCGAUUGUUCCCACCGGUGCCUAUGGUUGAAAGACGUAUGAUGAGGGACUGUGAGGUUGGAGGCUUAAACUUUUUGAAAGGAACAUCGGUGGUGAUCAACAUCUUCGAGAUUCAGAGACAGCCUGAAUUAUUCGAGGAUCCCUUGGAGUUCCGUCCCGAAAGAUUUGAGGGUCCACUAAAGCAUGCCUUCAGUUGGCUUGCAUUUAGUGCGGGUCCUAGGAACUGUAUAGGUCAAAAGUUCGCGAUGAUGGAACUCAAGAUUACAAUUUCGGAGAUCGUCAAGAACUUCAUAAUUCUACCUUCUGAUCAGGCUCCAGAACUGAGCGCAGACCUUAUUUUAAGAUCACAGAACGGGGUACAUGUCAAACUUAGACCUAGGAAUUAGAAUUAGAUAAUUAGAUAAAUAGGUUUAUGGUAACUGUAAUGUUAAUAACUGAUGAAAUAGUUUUUAAGUAGGGAUUUUAUAUUUGGGACCAGAAAUUUGAAAGGAAAUAAAUAUUUUUGGUAAGGA